GUCAAGCUGAGUAGCUUGCCAACAGAACGGUUACGGAAAUCAUAUAUGGCGACCGCCCUUCCGUAUAGAGAGCAUGAUCACGAUGCAUUGGCCGCAGCUUUUUGGGUUCAUAUCUUUCCCACAUUUUCUACGCUCGACCCUCACUUGACAGCAGCAGGGCCUGUGGUCCAUUCGUUUCACCCGACUCGCUCUUUCUUCGGGCUCCUUUCAGCUGGUCUCUGAAAUGCUCAGCGUCCUUAUUUAUUGACUAGAUGGGAUUGCCGUGCCUCUCGUCAGCCUCGAUACUGCGCUGUGAAUCACUUACUAGGAUUCAAUACGUCGUUCUCGUAAUCCCUUCAGCCGUGGAAAUUAUUUUUUCGACUUCAUUGAUUUUCACCAACCGCGGCGCAGGUCGGCGGCAUCUACUGCUUACUGUUGAAGGGUGGUCAUAUUUGACUUUGGCAAUCCUCGAUUUGAUUUCUCACAUAUUACCCGCUGCGCGGGAUAACCUAAGGACGUUUGAAGUCUUGGAUAUUGUCGUGGCUGUUGCAUCUUCACUUCCAAUAUUAUUCUACACCGCGUUUCUUUUUUUCUUCGCUCGCGCCGAGCUCCUCGAAUCCCUUCCGAGCCGCUUUCGAAAAAUCGCACAGCCUAUGCUAUUAUUCUUCGUUCCCGUCAUAAUCACGCUUAAUGAACUGGCAUCCCUGUUCGGUAUAACACAUCGUGUAAACGACUCCGGUAGCAUUUUUAUCGGCUUCAAGACAGACCGUGAUCGUGACCUGUGGACAUUCCUCACCAGCAUGACGCUUUCACUUUUUACGGUAUACCAACUCAUCAACUUUUGCCUUGCGUUUUUUCGUCUCGUCAACGCUUUACGCCAGCAAAGAAAUCUGGAAACCUCGUCCUCGGAUCAGGCUUAUUUGUUUAGGGGAAUUGGCUGGAUUUCUGCAGGCCUGAAGCUCGGUGCUAUUGAAACGGUUGUGGGAUUUGCGCACACGACCUUUUCUGGCGCUUUGAUUCGCCGAAUACUGAGAUUGUUGGCGAGAGCCUGUUUAUGUAUUGGCAUCGUAAAAGGAGUGGAUAUCGUCGAGAAUUUUGCACAGUUCCGAGCUGAAUACAGACAUUCAGGAAGCAAGAAUGAGAAACAUGGCGAUUCCAAUUUCAGGCCUCUCAUCUCCAAUCCUCGAUUGAGUACCUUUCGUCAACUAUCCCCAUCCGCGACAGAGUUUCAUACAACUCCCCGAGGCCCAGGGAGAGGUACAGCGCCUCGGGCUACUUCUGGUCUAUCAGGAUUGAAUGCACUGAAUUCUCUCAAGACGGAACCUCUAGCACAGCGUGUCACCAUUGACUUUGCCCAAGGUGCCCCGUUAUUGCAGAUGCGGCCCUUUUCUUCCCUGGAUGUUCCCAAUCCAGAUACGCUUGUCACUUCUCGGCCCGGUGUAGAUGGGUCUUCCUCGGAAGAUAACUCCAUAUCUUCAUCCAACAAUUCGGAGGAGCGCCGCUUCUCCAGCACGGCUCCCCGAGGAUCGAUUCCUGAUGCUGCUCUUUCCGGAACACUGAGUCUAGUGUCAGAAUCCAGCACUGAUUCGUUAAACGCAGUUCAUAAGCUGGCAUCCCAAUUUCCGGCAUUGCCUCCACGUGCAGCCGUCGAACGAAAUUCUGUGACUCCGGCCUCAAGAAGAAAGUCCGGUAGAAAAGUCAGUGGUCUCGUUCCUUGGCCAGAGGUAGAAGAAGGUUUUUCUACGCCACGAAGGGUGCCUAUCCCUUCUCCGCUGCGUUCACGGAGAAACUAUUCCAUUCCACUUUCGCUUCAAAGUACGGACUCGGAUGGAUAUACCUUUACCAGUACACCAGGUAUAACCAUGAGAUCGGAACUCUCUACCCAGCAAACGACUCCAGCCACCUCCGUUUAUGAGCCUGACAAAGGGAAGACUCAGGAUGAGAUACACAGAAGACCAUUGCCUCGUCCUCGGAAUAUCCCUAGCCAGUGGCUCGAGUCGUCGACAAGUGGGGUAGAGCGGUAUCGACGCCCGAGUGCAGUGUCUUUCGUAUCCUCGCCAACAGCGAUCCCGUUUCACAUGCGACAAGACAGCGACGUCUCCAAGACGUCGAGUCUGUACGACGAGACAGAUGCCGUGCCGAGUACCAAAGAUCCUUUCGUCGGUCAGACGAACAUGAACUUGACGCGGCCAUCGUCGUCUGUGCCGAGAAUAAAGAAUGUUGGGAAGGUGACGAGGAGAUACACCCCGACGCCUGUUUGGGGGGAAACAAGAAGCAGCAUUUAUAUCGAACCAAUCAUGAUCCCCCCCAAGGCAGCUGGGUUUUCUAAUGUACAGAUUAUUCAGGGAGACGAUGACGAGAGGGACUUUUCCAGUAGGAGCAGUGUGUAUAAUUCCAAAAUGCCAUUGUGAGGUCAUUUGGUACUACAGUUUGCUAUUCGUCUUUUGAAAAGAAUGCAAGUAAUUGUGCUCGCCAAUAGCGGAAGUUGUAAAGCAAAAGGGCUGAUCGGAGCGCCGAACG